GGCGGGGUAAGAUUUUGUGGGCAAGAUCAAGACAUGGGUACCGUCACCAUUAUGCGACCAAUCGCGAUGAUUAGCGAGGAUUGCGGGUUCGUCAAAGUCGGUCUUGAUGCGGCUUCGUUGUGGUGGUGGUAUUAUCAUCGUCGGGGGAGCGUGAUCGUGGUAAUGGCCAUGACAGCUUCUCGGCAUUCACAUCAGAGCUGUCAUGCCAUUGCAGGUGGGUUCUUACAGAGUUUGGGUUGGGGAGUGUCUGAUUCAACUCUUCUACCGAUACGUUGA